UGAGCGGAGUCAUAAGCUUAUCACGUGCACAAAAAAUGAACUUUCAGUAGAGGGAGAAUCAGAGUGUUCCAGUAUAAAUAGGGAAGCUACUCUCCAAGUCAGCACAAUCCGAACUCAUCUUCCUCCCAAGCUUGAGCCUUCAGGUCCAAAACAAACCAUCACCAUGAAAACCAUCUUCGCUUUCGUUGCCCUCCUGGCCGUCGCCUCUGCCCUGCCACAAUUGCACAAACGCGGCGCCCCAGCCCAAGAAGUCCAACUGGUCAAGGAACUGGCCUCCAACAACGACGGUCUCGGCAAAUACCAGUUCGCCUACGAGCUCAGCGACGGCCAGCGCCGCGAGGAGAGCGCCGACGUCCAGGUAGUCCGCGAGGCUCGCUCCGGCGAAGAGACCGUCCUCCUCCGCCAAACCGGAUCCUUCAGCUACGUCAGCCCCGACGAUGGCAAGACCUACUCCGUCAAAUACGUCGCCGAUGAGAACGGUUUCCAAGCCGUCGGCGAUCACCUGCCAAAAUUGUAA